ACGAGUUGUUGACAUGAACGUGUAAAGUCGUUAAAAGAAAGAGCGCGCGCGUUAGUGUUUUACUAAAAAUAAUAAUGUAGUUUUAUAAUUACUAAAAGAGUAACCAAGAUUAAACAUUUGCAUAACUUCUUUAAUAAAUGAAAUUAACGAAAUUUUGAAAUAAAAGAUAAAUUAAACGAAAUCCCAUAAUGUUGUAUUAAAUCAGAAAAACAACAACGAAAUCUAUCAGAAUUUACAUUAACCAACGACUUAAUAUCGUGCUAAAACAAAGUGCAAAAACUACAACAACAAGAAUAAAAAAAUAAGAAAAACAAGUUUAGAGUUUGAGUAAUGAAACCAAAUACAAAUAAAACAACAUAAUUAUUAAUGUUGGUGAAAAAAGCUCAUAAUAAAUUAUUAAAAAUGUUUAUAAAAAUGAACUGAGUAUAGUUAUUAACAAUCUAAUGUUGGAAUUUGGAAUCGAUAAAAGUGCGUGUUGAAAGUGUUAUUUACUCUCGGACAUUCCUUUUAAAUGAAAAAAAAUUCUGUGAACACAAAAUGAAUCAUUAACGAAAACAAUAACAACACAGAUAAAGCCUAAGUUUAAACAAAUCAAAAUAAAUUUAUUUAUGUAUUUUAUACUCAACACAACAGAAAACCAUAAAAAGUUUAUCUUUAUUGGAGGAUCACAAAAUUUUGUUAGUUUGUUAAAAAAAUUUUGUUUUUGUGUUUUGUAUUGUGGUCUCUUUCUAACAAGUGCUGUUAAUGUAAUAAAUAAAGUGAACAAAAAUUCCCUGUUCGAGCAAGUGUCCUUUAAAUAUUAAACUCUCUCUCUCUCUCGUUCAUUUAAGACAUGUACGCACAUACAAACAUGUAUGAGCAAACUCCCUUUACUAGUUUAUUACUAAUUCGUAAUAACAACCCUGUGUUGUAUUAAAAACAACAACUACAAAAGAAAAACAACAAUAAGAACGUAGCACUAUUAAAAAAUUCUUAACAAUGCAGCUGCUUUUUUAUGUUGAAUAUUUUUCUAACGUUGAUAAUAGCAACAACAAAGGCAUAAACAACACUAACCUAGUAGUGAGCAACAACAACAUCAAACAUUUUAUGUGAAUGCAAUUGCAAAGUAAAAUUGAUAAUAAUAAAACAGAAACGAGAAAAAAAUUUACAAGAGAAAAUAAAUUAAAUAAAUAAUAAUACAAAUUAGUUGCUAUUUUGCAGAAAGAAAUAACAACAACAUUAAACUUAAUAAUUAUAAUAAAAAAGUGAUUUGUUUCUAUAUUGCAUUUUUGCCUCGAAUGUAAUUGUGUUUGUCGUCUUUUCUUCUUUAUUAUUAUUAUUGUUGUUGUUUCGCAAAAGAAAGUCAAAGAUAAACGUGAUUAUUUUUUUGCUGCCAACAUGAAAGUCACCGUUUGUUUUGGUGACACUCGCAUUUUAGUGCCUUGUGGCGAUGGAAAUCUUUUGGUGAAGGAUUUAAUUAAUGAAGCCACCAGACGUUAUAAAAAAGCAGCAGGAAAGGAUCCAGAUUCUUGGGUUUCCGUACAUCAUUUACAAACACAAUGCGGUAUUUUAGAUCCCGAUGAUUGUGUGCGUGAUGUAGCCGAUGAUCGUGAAUAUAUACACGCUAGUUUUGAAGAUUCUGGACCGGAUCCAGGUGUGCCACAGGGCGGUGGUGAUGGUGCUUCGGGUAGUUCAUCAGUUGGCACCGGUUCACCCGAUAUAUUUCGUGAUCCCACAAAUACAGAUGCACCCACAAAUGGUGCUCACAAUGAUAAUUCUACACCUCAUAUUGAGGUAACCAGCACGACAGCAUGUCCUAUGACUGUUUUAGGUCUACAAGUGCGUCGCAGUAGUGAUCCAAAUUUAUUGGCCUCUCUAAAAGCGUCUGAAAAUGGCAAUAAACGUUGGUCAGCAGCGGCACCUCAUUGUGCUGGUGAUUCACCCGAAAAAGUUCACAUUGAAAAGGCGAGCUAUUUACCACCUCAGUGGGAGGAAGAAGAUGAUGGCCAUCAUCAAGCACCACCAGUACCAGCUCACCAACCUUUUGCUCGAUCCGGCAGACUUUCUAUGCAGUUUUUGGGUGAUGGCACCGGUUAUAAAUGGAUGGAUGCAGCUGAAAAAUUGCAACAACAGCAGCAGUUACAACAACAUGCCCAACAGCCGCAACAACCUUCUAGAGAUUAUCAACAGCAAUUUUUCUCCAGCAAAUCUCUGCCGCGGGAAAGUACACGCAAAGAACCUUUAGGCCAAGCCUACGAAUCCAUAAGGGAAAAAGACGGAGAAAUGCUUUUACUCAUCAAUGAGUAUGGCAGUCCUUUGGGUUUAACCGCUAUACCCGAUAACGAGCAUGGUGGUGGCCUAUUGGUACAACAUGUAGAACCUGGCAGUCGCGCUGAGCGUGGCCGUUUACGCAAAGGUGAUCGUAUUUUGGAAAUUAAUGGUACAAAACUAAUGGGUCUGACAGAGCUAGAAGUUCAAGAUUACCUACGUAAAGCUUUAGAAUCUUCAGAGCUAAGAGUCCGUGUAAUAAGAGCAAAUGCUAAAGGCUCGAAAAAUCGUCGUAGAGACUCCAAAGUGGCUGAAAUGAUAGAAGCUGAAGAGAAAAUGGCAUCUAGUUUAGAGAGUAAAGUAGCCACAGUUUCUCCUACCCGUAAGCCAAAUACCGCACCAGUAGGUGCUUCUUUGCAAGUGGCCAACACACGUAAAUUAGGACGUAAAAUAGAGAUUAUAUUGAAAAAAGGUCCCAACGGUUUAGGAUUUUCGGUAACAACACGUGAUAAUCCUGCCGGUGGUCAUUGUCCUAUUUACAUUAAGAAUAUAUUACCACGAGGAGCUGCCAUAGAAGAUGGUCGUUUAAAACCGGGAGAUCGCCUUUUAGAAGUAGAUGGUGUGGCCAUGACGGGUAAAACACAAACCGAUGUGGUGUCCAUAUUAAGAGCCACUUUACCAGGAGCUACUGUAAGAUUGGUGGUAUCAAGACAGCAGGAAUUGGCAGAACCAGAGGAAAGGGAAAUUAAUUUCGAAAACAAAGAAAAUGAAUUUGAUUCACCUCCUAAACCACCAGCUCCAGUGCUACCUGCCUCUAUGCAAAAUUAUCAGCAAGAUGUUAAAAAGUCCAAUAGUGCCCGUUCACUAUUCGAACAGCAUCAACAGCAACAAAAUCAAAAUCUUAACGAAUCUCAACAUUUCAUUGAUGCUGGCAGUGAAUCGGCGGCUUCAAGUGACAGCUUACAAGCUGGCAUUGCCUGGCGCUCCAGAGAAAUGCUUACACUACACAUACCCGUUCACGACACUGAGAAAGCUGGUCUCGGUGUGAGUGUUAAAGGCAAGACAAGUUCCAAUAUUACCGGCUCCUCUACUGGCAGUUCGAAUGGUUCCAUGAAAAACGAUGGAGAUUUGGGUAUUUUUGUUAAGAAUGUCAUUCACGGUGGUGCCGCCUCACGAGAUGGCCGUUUACGCAUGAAUGAUCAACUGGUCAGUGUAAAUGGUGUCUCCUUAUUGGGACAGAGUAAUGCUGAAGCAAUGAACACCUUAAAACAUGCCAUUGUCAAUAAUCCAGGCAGACAUCCUGGUAUGAUUACUCUACAAGUUGCUCGCAAAAUCACCAGAUCGGCCAGUUCGGGUGAUAUCUUGGAACACACCAAUGAAAGCUCAAAUACCAGUGACACUAGUGGAGCUACAGUGAUUUAUUUAAGUCCAGAAAAACGUUCGGCAGAUAAACGUAAUAGUGGAAGUUCGAAUAGUGAAAUGAAUCGUUGGAGCAACCCCGUCUUGGAUAGACUAACCGGUGGUGCUUGCUCUGGCAAUUCAGGACAAAAAGGUCGCUCAACAGUAGCUGCUACAAACUCUGCAGCAGGUGUUAAGAGUAGUGCUUCGCAUGCUCUACGCAAUGAGAGCUAUUAUAUGGCCACUAAUGAAACCUGGUCACCAGCUGUACAUCAUCCAUCACAACAUGUUAAUAAUUCGGUUUUGAUUGAACAUGAUCCCGAACCAACAUCACCAACUCUUCCUCAUCGUCCCAAUGAAUCUAUAGCUUCUAGUGUAAUCAAUAACAGCGCCUCCAGUAAUCCUACAUCUGGAUCCGCUCCUCAAAACUUCGAUGCCACUUAUUCCUCUCAACUUAGUCUUGAAACCAAUAAUUCAGGAGUAGAACAUUUUAGCCGUGAUGCUUUGGGUAGACGUUCCAUUUCCGAGAAACAUCAUGCUGCCUUAGAUGCUCGCGAAACCGGCACCUAUCAACGUAAUAAAAAAUUGCGCGAAGAAAGAGAACGUGAAAGACGCAUUGCCCAUACUAAGUCAGCGGUGUUUAGUGGUUCUAUGGAAUCAUUGUCGGCUCGUAUUGCAGAAGCUAAUGCUAGAAUUCCCGGUUACAAACAUGCUAAAACUAACUCGGGCAUUGAACAGCAGCAGAUACAGUCUGAAGCCAGAGAUCAAGUGGGUGAUUUGGGUCCUUCUUUGGGUUUGAAGAAAUCUUCUUCUCUGGAGUCUUUACAAACCAUGGUACAAGAAAUACAAAUGUCAGAGGAACCAAGAGGUGGACCUACCACCCUAAGAGCACCACGCGGCAGAGGACGUGAAGAAAGUUUAAGAGCGGCUGUUGCCAGUGAUCAUGAUGUAAAGAAAGCUCGUCAAACCUGGCUUUUAGAGGAUGGAGAUGCAGCUGAGGGUGGUUUUACACAACGCAAUGGUCCCUUUCAAAGUUCCCUUAACGAUGGUAAACACAAGUCUAGAGCCAAAAAGCCCGGCAUAUUACGAGGCAUUGGUUACAUGUUUCGUUUUGGUAAAAAUCGUAAAGAUGUAGUAGCACCUUCAGAAAACCAGCCUCCCGUUACAAAUAAUGCUGCAAAUGAAAGAACACCUGCCAAUAAUCAAAUACCUGCUGCUGCAUUGGCAGCUUUAGAUCGUAAUGCCAAAUUAGCUCCACCAGCUUAUCAACCUCCUCCGCCACUACCACCUGCUAAUGCAAAUGGUACCGGAGGCGGCGGUGGCUCAGCAAAUCAUGUUGAUAGUAAUUCAAAUGGUGGUAUUCAUCAAAAUGAUAUAUUCAAUCAUCGCUAUCAACACUAUUCCAACUAUGAAGAGCUACAACAACACAAUCAUCAUCAACAGAUUAGUGAUGAUAACUGCUCAAAUAAUGAUGUUUUGUCGGAAUCAACGUUAGAAUGCAUGAGACAACAAGUGCUUAGACAACGUCUUAAAGUCGAAGCAGAAAGUCGUCGUCAUCAUCAUUAUCAUUCCCAACGUAGUGCGCGCUCACAGGAUAUAAACAUGCAACAAUAUCAAACGAACAGCAAUAACACAAGUAUACGUUCAAAUUAUUACGAUUACGAAACAGCACAACAACAUAAUUUAAGUCCAGGAUCCAUGCUUAACAAUAGUUUCCAACAACGCACCGGCAGUAUUAAACACAAUGGUCAUGCGGGCAUAACAAUAAAUGCCAGCCAACAUCAACAUCCUGCGCAUCAUCCACAACAAGCCUCAUCCGCCACAACAUCCAGUCAGGCACAUUGGAGGACGGCUGCCAUAAAUGGCUUCUCACCAGCCACCUUGAAUAGUAGUGCACGCAGUCGAGGACCUUUUAUAACUCAAGUCACUUUGGGUGGUCCUUCGUCUGGGAAUAGUAUUGCUGCCGGGCAGCAACAACAAUCACAGCCUACAUACCAAACGGUACAAAAACACAAUCAAACACAAUCUCAAUAUUCGGGUGCCGUAGCUGGACCGCAACAUACCGCUUCAAAAGUGUGACUAUAGGCCAACGUUCUUCGUCAAUGUUUGGGCGAAGACGUUGUUGUUCGUGGCCUAAGCAGUAAAUGCAAAACUACUACUUCAGCUAUUACUACUUCUAAUAAUAAUUCCCAUAAUCUAACAAAUUGCUUCAAUAAAGGUGGUCAGAAUGGUGGCGUUGUCAUUAAUCCUAAACAUAAAACCGAAGAUAGUAUACAGGAGGAGCAGGAUAAUGACUCAGAAGAUGAGGAUAUUGUAGAGAUUUUUUAUUUUGCCACCGAAUG